GUGACCACAUUCUAAUUUCACACCUUUUUGUUUGUGACAGAAUUAUUCUGGGGUGGAAUAAUCCUGGGAAGAAAACCUGAAGUGUGUUUUUAAAACAUGAAGCGGUCUGUCAGUUUGAGGCAUCGUUUAUUUCAAACGUGAAAUUGUGUAAUUUAUGAGAGCAAUAAAGCCAGGAGAAAAAAUACAUGAACGUAGUCUUUGUAUCUCCUCAGCACCCACUGAAGGAAGAUGGAUAUGUAUGAGAACCUUGGCGUCGUGGGUGAGGGGAGCUAUGGUACAGUGACGAAGUGUCGACACAAGGAGAUUGGACACAUUGUGGCCAUCAAGAGGUUCAAUGACAAGGAAGAGGACAAAACCAUGAAAAAGGUUAUCAUGAGAGAAAUCAAACUUCUGAGGAAAUUUCGCCAUGAAAACCUUGUGAACAUGCUGGAGGUAUUCCGGUUCAAGAAGCGCUUGUAUGUUGUCUUUGAGUACAUUGACCGCACAGUUCUGGAAGACCUAGAGAGAUAUCCUCGUGGUUUGGACAGCAAGCGCCUCAGAAAGUACAUGUUCCAAAUUCUACGAGCCAUGGAUUACCUUCACACCAGCAAUAUCAUUCACAGAGACGUUAAACCUGAGAAUGUGCUUGUCUCUAACUCUGGGGUGGUGAAGCUCUGUGACUUUGGGUUUGCCAGAACCUUGGCACCGACUGGGGAGCCUCUCACAGACUAUGUGGCCACGAGGUGGUACAGAGCCCCAGAACUUUUAGUGGCAGACAACACUUACAGCAAACCUGUAGAUGUGUGGGCCAUUGGCUGCUUGAUUAUAGAGAUGGCUACAAGCAAUGCUUUUCUGACUGGGACUUCUGACCUGGACCAGGUGCACAAAAUAGUCAGCAAAGUGGGGCCUUUGACCCGUCAUCAGCAAGACCUGUACUUCCAGAACCCCAUCUUUGCUGUGGCCAGCCUUCCUGAGGUGCAGCUCCCAGGUGCAGCGCCCAGGAGGAAGUACCACAAACUCCACUACUUAGUGGCUGAAAUAGUGGAUUCAUGCCUACAGAUCGAUCCAUCUCACAGGGCCACGUGCUCCAUGUUGCUCGUUCAUCGGUACUUCACCAAAGACGGGUUCGUUGAAAGAUUCAUACCAGAGAUACAGGCAUUGAUACUGAAAGAUGCCAAGGUUAACCACAUGCACUGGAUUCAUAGUAACUCAUGGGAGCCACAAGAGGACCAAGGAACAGGAGUCUUGUCCUCAUCCUCAUGUAACAGAAAGCCAAUGAAGGACACUGAGAAGGACCGACGUGGGAAGGAGCCUGAGCAGAAGCAUUCUAGGGCAGGCAGGAGGUCAGAGAUCAGGAUGACCUGCAGCCCUGUCUCAUCUCAGACAAACAGACAGCCCUUUACCUCCACCUCUAACUCCAUCCCAGACCCCCCUCAAUCUCAGGACAAGGCUGUAGCCUUUACCAUGCCCCGCAUCAACGCCAGCAACAAUCUUUUCGCUGCUGUCCCCGUCCCCUGCUGUAUGGAAGUCACUAAGUCCCGCACUGAUAAGGUAAAGAGACGGCCGAGCCCUACUGACCUGGCCAUGGGGAAUAGUCAGCUGACUGAUGCCCCGUCUCAGAGUGACAGCCAUAAUAACCUCCAGGUUGAUAUGUCCAGUCUGGCUAAAAAGAAGGUGAAGUCAGUGAGAGACAUGAGAGAUGUGCGCUUCCCUGGACUUCCUGUGUUCGGCCACCAGAUAGAGCUGAAGUUUACAGAUGGUAAACAACGUUGUCUUAGUUUCAGUACUCUAUCUUCUAUUUUACUUGUCUUUCUACUAAAUCAUGUGAUCCCCUGUAAAGCUUUGGGUAGAAGUUGUAAUUUUUCUCAGAUCUUGGAUCAUCUUCCUCUCACCAAAUCUUAACCAUAACUGAGGAAAACACUAAAUUGACCUUAGAUCAGUGUCUAGGGGCAACUUUACCUUACUCCCACUGUAAGUCAGCUCCCAUGGUAAGUCAAUUCCCAAAAUUGAAUCUGAUACUAGACUUAGACACAUCAUUUCCAAAAUGAAUCUGUCUGACUUAAUUGAAAUCGAAAAGAAAUUGGCCCAAGACCCAAUGAGCGCUGAACGAGAAUGAAACUACAGGGCUGUGUAGUAUUAAUCAAUUAAAAUAACUUAUCAUUGAAUCACAUGAGGACAGAGAUAAACAUCCAUUGAUUUAUUGAAGGCGUUUGGUGAUGUUGAAAAAUGUUGAUGUGCCAAGUUUAUACUUAAUGGGGUGUCGCGGCUCAGUGUGGCUCCAGGACAUUAGAGCAUGUUACCGGAGUAAUGUUGCUCUCGGAUCAGGGUCGGAGCAAUGUUGCUCUCGGAUCAGGGCCGGAGCAAUGUUGCUCUCGGAUCAGGGCCGGAGCAAUGUUGCUCUCGGAUCAGGG